GUAAACGUAAAGAGGAGGGUAUUGUUUUGUUCCGUCCGACUUUCAAAGGGGCCAAAUACGUUAGUGCGGUAAGACGCGUGCGAACCGUUUGCGAACGAGUCAACUCGUAGCCUGAAAUUCCAUCGCGGCUUUUAUUUCACAUUUGGAACUCGAAUAGAAUUUUCGUUUUCGUCGAUUUUUGCAAUUUUAUUUGUUACCAAAUUCAUGUAGUUUGAUAGCGUGCAGGAGUGCGGUUACGUAAAAUAUGCGGGGCACCUCGCAAGUAUUUGCCAGAAGUGAAUUUUUUCGAUACAUAAAACGAAAAAAUAAAAAAGGGCAUAAAGUGAAAUAAAUUUUGUGUACUGGAAGACACAAUGAAGUUCAGUGAAAUCAACGGCGAUAAUUUGGCUUUCGAUGGGAGAUCACCCCAAAAGGUGUUUACGGAAACAGAUUGUGCACGAGAAAAGAUUGCAUCAUCUGAAGCACAAAUGAUCUCUAUAAGGGAUGAGUUGGAAAUGGUACAGCAUGCGCUCAAGAUUCAAACACGAAGAUGUCGACAACUAGUUGUAGAAUACACGAAGCGAUUGCAACUAAAAGAGCAACAAUAUGAAGCGGAAAAACGACUGCGAGAUGAUCAACUGUCAAGAGUGCUACGGGCUUUACUCGUGUGCGAAGCAAGGCUUCGUCAAGAGCAGAAAUAUAUUAGCCAUCAAUUGGAAGAAAAAGAUUAUGCAAUUAAAAAGCAACAAGCAUACAUUCAAAAACUAUUGGCCAGUCAUUAUUGCAAAAAUUGUGAUCAGUAUUAUUCUCCCAACGUUCACUUGGAAAGUCCAAAUAGCAGUUUGGAGUAUGUAGUUACGGAUCAACAUGAUUACCAGAGUUCAACAUUUGAAUCUUUAGAUAGUAGUAGUGAAACAUACGCGAGUAUAUCAGAGAAAGAUUCGGAUUCAAGAAUAUCGGGGUUUGGAAAUUCAAUUUCUAGCGAAGAAAAUGUUAGAGCUAUUGAAAGUGCGUCGAGAAAUACCUUUAUAAAAAAUAAAAACAAGGACUCCUUAAAUCGACGAAAUAAAAGAAUUGGACACCGGAAAAUAAGUAAUGGUAAUUAUUUUGAUGUGUUGAAGAUGCGAAAUGAAAAUAGUGCUAGUUCUAAUGACGAAAAUAGUCUCAUUUAUGAACACAACGAUUGCUCGCUAUUGCACAAUAGCUUAUCUGAAAACAAUUAUACAAGUGAAAAGGAUAUUCUAACAGACGAAUAUAAUUCCUCAGGAAGUACUGAAGUUGGGUCAAAUAUCAGUAACGACCGCCGUAAGGACGAAAGUAUUGAUCGCAAUGACGCCAAAGGCAAAGUGAAAAUUACAGACACAAUACCUAUAUUUGAAGGCGACGGUGAAACAAAUGACAACUGGUAUGCAAGCGCCAGCGAGCAAGAAGAUGAAGAACACAGAGGGGUUUACAGAAAUAAUCCUGUUUUGGAAUGUAUGAAUCAAAUUCUUAUGCAAAAUAUAAACGAUCCACUAGUCUCCCCACCAAAAACUCCAAACACCGAAAAGAAGUUCAAUAAAGACAGUAAGAAAGUUAAAUUUAGUGAUGAAGAAGAUUGUAAGAACUACACCAAAUUAAACGAAUCGGAAAGUAAUUAUUACGAAACUCCCAUUCAAAAAACCCCAAACUUUUAUGAAACACCUCAAAGCAUAUACAGCAAUGAUUAUGAACAAAUUUUAAGCCAGUGUAGCGAAACGUUCCAAAACAGUUCUUCAAAGGAUAAUAACACAGAAAGAAAAUCUAACUCAAGAACGCACGGGACCGCAGGUGACGAAAAGACUACCAACCACUAUUACAUCGCAAUGGAGACAAAAUCUGAUCAAGAUGAAAAAGACACUAAAGCUCUUAGGAAGAGCAAGAUUCUUCGAACUCCGCCUGCUUUACCACCCAAACCUGCAAAUUUAUUGUCUAAAUAUAAAAUUCAGCAUUUACAAUAUGGGCACUCUAGGGAUAGUGACAAAAGUUUUGAUUCCGAACCAGAUUAUUGUUCCAUUUCUGAAAUAAAUUUACCGACAAUAGAUAAAAGUAAACCUACAUUAAAAAACCAUUCCCCCACCGAAAGUUUGCGAAAUAUUGAACCUAUAUUGAAUAAAGUCAUUAAAUCCGAAGAAAAACGAUCAGCUCCGCAGUCACCUCAAGAAGUUAAGGAUAAUCAGUUGUCGCCACAAUACAAACCUGUGUCUUUAAAUGAAUCCUUAUUCAAUCCAAAGUUUAUUAAGGGUGGCGAAACUGACCAACUAUCCCACAAAUCCGAAAACACCCCCAAAAAAGCGCCAUCGCCAGAAAUACCCAAGUUGCCGCAAGUUACGGAAAUAAUUAUUCCAGAGGAAAAUGAACCAAAAUCUGAAGUAUGCGUAAAUCAAGACAAUUACAUAAAAAACAAUACCCAAAUCCUACAGCAAAAGAGUAAUCAUUCAAGCAGAACUCGACCAAUUCAAAUGGGUUCGACCGUUUCCAGUCUAAUAGCUAGUUUUAAUAACAAACAACUUCUCUCAGAAAUAAACCAUAAAUCUGGGACGCAGCAUAAAAAUAGCGCAAUGUUCUCAAGUUUUGAAAACUUACAAAAUUUAGAGACGCAUUCAUCGGACUCGACGUUGGCGAAUAACUUUGAAAAUUUUGACUUAAGCCAAAAUUUUGAAGAGUUCAAAUUGGACGAUUGUGAAAUUGAGGACUUUAACGGAUCUCGUUCUACUGCCGUCGAAACGGACAAUAGCAAGGUCGAUCUUAGUAACAACAAAGUAAAUAGUAAACAUUUAAUGGGAGGCAUUCAUUUUAGUUCACCUACUCGCGUUGAAUUGGUGCGAGCAACCAAUGACGUAAUUAGUAGUCCCUCUUUAAAUUUAAAUUCUUUGCAGCAAUUUAAGAAAAAAUUGGAGUUAGAAAAAAAUAGAAUGUCAAUAAAUAAUCAAAUUAAAAGGGAUAGCAAUGCUAACAUGAAGUGUAAUGAACCUACUUACGAACAUUUUUUGGAAUGUACUGGGUUAAGUUCGAAGUCAAUAAUAACGCCAUCUAGGCUAAUAAGCAACCACAAAACUAUGUUAAAGCCAAAAGAUAUAAAAUUGCGUUCAAAAGUGAAAUCCAAUAGUUCAUUAGACAGGGAACAAGUAGCUGUAAAAUAUUGGUCUGAACCUUUCUUAUAAGCUUUUCUUUUUUAUUUAACUUUUAAGACGUAUUGUCCACAGCCAUUUUGUUUGUUAUCUAUCAUUAGUAAUUUAUUUAAUAUUUACCUACCAAAGAACAUAUAGAAUUUUAUAAUCUAUUAUUAAGAAUAUUACUAUUACGAUUAGACAUUUCUUAAGUUACUUUCCAGUGUUAAUCAUAUAGAUAGGUAAUAUGAAUUGUAUCAUAUCACUGUAUAUCUUAUGUUUAUCUGCAAAUAUGUAAUUGUAUAUUAUUAUUCAUAGACUAAACCUAAUUUUUAAUUACCUAUUUACAUGUGUUUAAAGCCAAAUAGUGGAGAAUAUUCCUAAUGAAAUAAUCGGACAUUACAGAAAAGUUUUCUGUUGUAUUUUGCACAUGUUUUAUCUCCGCAGAUAUCUAGUGAUUGAUACCAGUUGUACUGCCUUUUAAUAUAUUGUUUUAAUUACA